AUGGAGCAAGAGCUCCUGUCACUGCUGGCAGACACCCAGUCGCCGGUGGCUGAUACCAGAAAAGCCGCUGAACUACAGCUUCUCCGUCUCUACCCCAACGAGAACUUCCCUCUCUCUCUUGCUGCGAUCGCUUCUCACGACCCUGUUCCCACCAAUCUCCGUCAGUCGGCCCUUUCCGUUCUCCGGACUUUCAUUGCCGCGGCUUGGUCCCCGGUGCUCGAUGAAUUCAAGGGUCAGAUCCUUGUCAACGACGACAACAAAGUGCAGAUUCGGCGUGCUCUAUUGGAGCUAGCGACGAUCAAGGAGACACCCGAGCGCAAGGUGAAGUCUUCCGCUAGCUUUGCUGUCAGCAAGAUCGCCAGCGCCGAUUUCCCAGAGCAGUGGCCGGAGCUCUUGCCUACUCUACUCCAGAUCAUCAAUGACACCAACAGCACAGCCACUGCCCUCCACGGCGCGCUCAAAGUCCUUCUAGACCUGGUUGAUACCGGCUUCAGCGAAGAGCAAUUUUUCAAUGUUGCCAGAGACCUUGUCACCUCCCUAUUCAAUGUGGCUACUAAUGAGUCGAGGAAGCCCAUCUUGAGGGCACUGGCCGUUGCGGUCUUUCGUGCUUGCUUUGAUACUCUGGAGAUGGUACUUGAACAACACAAGACGGCCGUCAAGCAGUUCAUGGAUGAAGUGCUCAAUGGCUGGUCUCCGUUCUUCAUUGCGACGCUCAAGGCCCCUCUACCACAAGCGCCCAGCGAACAUGAAGAAUCUAAGGAUAGCGAGAUUCCGUCUCAGUGGAGAGGCGUCAUCGGUUUGAAGCUGCAGGUUGUCAAGACCUUGAUGAAGAUCCGUAUGGUGUUCCCCGGUCUGAUGACACCCCAGAGCCCGGUAUACUUCUCGACUAUCUGGACCGAACUGUCCAAUAUCCAAUCAACGUAUCACGGGUUCUAUAUCGAUGAGGAGAGGCAAGGGCGUUUGGAAGACGUAGACGGACUUCCCUACACACUAGACUUCUUGGUCCUGGAAGAAUUAGAUCUCAUCCAGAUGCUUUUGAAGGCGCCGCCGGUCAAAGCAGAGCUUCAGCAGCAGCUACAGAACGCUGGACAGGCGGCCGCCACAGCAAGCUGGUUGCCCGAAAUCCUGAAACUGGCAGGUUCUUAUGCUCAGAUCACUUCGGAGGAAGAGGGGCUAUGGGACAUCGAUGUGAAUCUCUUUCUCUCAGAAGAGACCUCUGUCACUGCCAACUACACCCCCCGCACAUGUAGUGGAGAUUUGGCCAUCAAGCUGGGCGACUGGCUCAAGGCCACCGCUAUCGAGGGUCUGCAUGCUCAUCUGAACUCCGUGUUCUCCGAUCCCUCUUCUACAUGGAAGGCUCGUGAAUCCGCCCUCUACAUUCUAAGCCAGCUUCUUCGUGACUUCAGCGAGGUUUCCCAAGAGAUUCCCGUCGGGCUCGCCAAUGAGUUCAGCAACUUCAUCCAGUUCGCGAUUCAACAGGAAGAGGAGUUCUUGCGGGCGCGUGGUUACCUCGCCGCUGGAAUCCUCUGCCAGGUUGCAGAAGCGUCCUUCCAGCAAACCGCGGUCUCUUAUCUCGAGGCUUCUCUCAAGGCGGUGACUGAAGAUCCUUCAGAAGUCGUCAGGGUAUCCUGUAUCCGGGGACUACAGGAUCUCAUGCCGUCACUUCCCUCCAGCGCCACCGUUCCACUUCAGGCGGCUGCCAUCUCUGCGUUGUCAGACUUUAUCUCCUCGCAUGACAUUUCGGAAUCCUCUGACAGUGAUGAUCUCAAGGUCACCCUUGCGGAGACUUUGCGGGAUAUCAUCAUUGUUAACCCAAGUGUGGUCCUGUCUUCCAAUGCCAUUGACGUGCUGUUCAACAUUGCCAGUAAUGGACCCAACAACUUCCAGUUGACGAUGAUUGUUACGGAGGCCUUCGAGGACAUUGUGGAAGCUGUUGCAGAACAAGGCCCCGAGUCCUUUGUUCGCCUCUGCGAAAAGGUACUCCCAUCUUUGACUGGAGCAAUUGAUGUUGGCAACUUGACUCAGGAAAAUGCCCUCACGAAUUUCGCCGCGGACCUCAUUCGAGCUCUCGCAGAAAGAGCUUCUGAGCCCCUGCCGGCGGGCUUCGUCGAAACUGUUAUGCCCAAGUUGAACCGCCUGUUGCUGGAUUCCACUGAUGGGGAGUUGAUUCGUCCUGCCACAGAAGCUGUACGCCACAUGCUUUCGCACGAUUUCAACCAGUUCGUCGCAUGGAGAGAUCCUGAUAGUGGCAAGGAGGCGACUGAAGUUGCUCUCAUCAUUAUCGAUCGUUUGCUGGGGCCUGCUGUUGACGAUAAUGCGGCAACGGAAGUUGGACAGUUGGCAGCCGAAUUGGUCGAGCGGGCGGGUUCCGAGCGACUUGGACCCUACCUGCCACAGCUUCUUCGGGCUGUUGCCCAGCGUCUCGCGACCGCGCAACAGGCCCCGUUCAUCCAGAGUCUGAUCCUAGUCUUCGCCCGGUUGACGCUCAUCAGCGCGCGUGAAGUUGUCGACUUUUUGGCGCAGGUAGACAUUGGCGGCCAGAGCGGUCUCCCGAUCGUCCUCGGCAAGUGGCUGGAAAACUCGGUCAAUUUCGCCGGCUAUGACGAAAUCAAGCAGAACAUCAUCGCCCUUGCGACGCUCUACAAUCUCGAAGACCCUCGCCUGGCCCAGGUGCAGGUCAAGGGUGAUCUCAUCAUCCAGGACACGGGCCGCAUCCGCACCCGGUCCCAGGCUCGCAAGAACCCCGAUCAGUACACGACGGUAACCGCCCCUCUCAAGAUCAUCAAGGUCCUGGUCGAGGAACUGGCCGCGGCCUCCGGCAGCAAGGAGAUCGACGCUGCCACCGCGGCGGCGUUGGAGGAAGAGGGCAGUGACGAGGACGACGAAUGGGAGGACAUUCCGGGCAACACCCUCGACCUCAACCUGGGGAUCACGAAGCAGGAGCUGAUGGCCUUCGGCGAGGGCGGCAGCGAGAGUGUGUUUGGAGUACGCAAGCGUGACGACGAAACCCAGGGCUUUCUGCUGGACUUCUUCCGCAACGCAUCCCUGAAGCCCGAUUUCCAGCACUUGUUUGCAGCCUUGACUCCGGCCGAGCAGGAGAAGCUGCACAGCUUGGGUUGAUCGGGUGGUCGGUUUUAGUUGUGCAUCAAGCUCUUUAUCCUGUAGGGAUGUGCGCGAAUAUCCAGUCCCGAUCGGAUCUGCAUGCCG